CUGAGUCACCUGGGAGACGGCCGCCGAGUGUAGCGUGGACGGAGAGAGAUUAAAGAGGAGGAGGAGGAGGAGGAGGAGGCAGAAGGGCCGCCUUCAUCACUCCUGCUUUUCUCCCUGUGGAGGCGUCGGUGUGAGGAAGCAGGCCCAGCAGUGGAGGAAGAGGAGGCAUUGGAUUCCUGCUGUUUGUCAAGAUCUGACCUGGGCCUUUUGACCAGUGACCUCUGCGGUUAUAUCUGAUGUUGAAGAGGAGGAGGAUGCGAGUUCCCUGCUCAGCUGCGCAUAUUGCCGCAUGAACACAACUGCAAGUCCUUAAAGGUGGAUAUCCAAGGAACUUUUUCAAUCGUUUUGCAGAAGAUUUUCUCGCAGUUUGCACUUUGAUCCUUCUUCUCGUUUUCGUCCCUUCUGCUGUCGGGGGCCUUCAUCAUAUUUUGAAGUUCGUCCUCUCCUGCGCUGGCGGAAAUGUCUCUGUCUCCUUCGACACGAGAACGAAAGACAGGAAGUUGACUCCUGCUAGGAGCGAGGCCGAGAGACCAGGAAGGAGAGCGGAAAGAGGAGAGAGCAGGGAAAAUGUCGUGGAAGAGGAACUACUUUGCGUCCGGUGGCGUCGGCGGAACCGGCGCCGGCGGCAGCAAGGGGGGCGUUGGGAUGCAGGGGAUGUUGACCCCUCGCACCAUGACGUCCAUCGCUCCCAGUAAAGGGCUGAGCAACGAGCCGGGACAGAACAGCUGCUUCCUGAACAGCGCCCUGCAGGUCCUCUGGCACCUCGACAUCUUCAGGCGUAGUUUUCGUCAGCUGACCACUCACAAGUGCAUGGAGGACUCGUGCAUUUUCUGCGCUCUGAAGAGUAUAUUCGCUCAGUUCCAGUACAGCAGCGAGAAAGUUUUGCCCUCCGACGCUCUUCGCAGCGCGCUCGCCAAAACCUUCCAGGACGAGCAGCGGUUUCAGCUGGGCAUCAUGGACGACGCCGCUGAGUGCUUUGAAAACAUCUUGAUGAGGAUUCACUUCCACAUCGCCGAAGAGACCAAAGAAGACAUCUGCACAGCCAGACACUGCAUCCCACACCAGAAGUUUGCCAUGACGCUGUUUGAACAGUGUGUGUGCAGCAGCUGCGGGGCGUCCUCGGACCCUUUACCUUUCAUUCAGAUGGUCCACUACAUCUCCACCACCUCUCUGUGUAACCAGGCAGUGAAGAUGCUGGAGACGAGGGAAAAAGCGACUCCCGGGAUGUUCGGGGAACUGCUGCGAAACGCCAGCAUGGGAGACCUGCGCAGCUGCCCAAGCCAGUGUGGUCAGCAGCUCAGGAUGGCUCGCGUCCUCCUCAACAGUCCGGAGAUCAUCACCAUCGGCCUGGUUUGGGACUCGGAGCAGUCGGACCUCGCCGAGGACGUCAUUCACACCCUGGGGACCUGCCUGCGUCUCGGGGAUUUGUUUUACAGGGUGACGGAGGAGAAGGCCCGUCAGUCCGAGCUCUACCUGGUCGGCAUGGUGUGUUACUACGGGAAACAUUACUCCACCUUCUUUUUCCAGACAAAGAUCCGACGAUGGAUGUACUUUGAUGACGCACACGUCAAGGAGAUUGGUCCUAAGUGGAAGGACGUGGUUUCUCGCUGCAUCAAGGGCCACUACCAGCCUCUGCUGCUGCUGUACGCCGACCCGCGGGGAACGCCGGUGUCGGUCCAGGACCUGCCCCCGCGCUUCGACCUCCACCACCUCAACAAGGCCUGUUACGACAGCGAAGACUCGGGCCGCGAACAGUCAAUCUCCAGCGACACUCGCACCGAUUCGUCGACGGAGAGCUACUCGUCCCGACAGCCCUCCCACUCGCACCAUGAGUCCCUGGCCAGUCACUACUCCUCUGACUCCCAGGGAACCGUCGUCUGCACCGAGCGCCCGGAAGGAGCCCUGCACACUUCGCUCUGCAGCCUGGAUACCGUAGGCCACGUGACGGGCGGUGAGCAGCACCAGUCUCUGAGGAAGGGAGGCGGGGCCGGGGAUAGGAGGCGGAGCUCUAGCCGCCACCGGCGAUCUAAACUCGACAACGAAGCCCCGUCGGCUGGUUACCACAGUGAGGGAGAGACUUUGAAGGAGCAACAGGUUCCCCGUCACCUCCCCAAACCUUCCUCUUCCUCCUCCUUCUCAUCCUCAACCAGUCGCCUCAGAGACUUCAAAGAGACCAUGAGCAACAUCAUCCACAGCCGACCCCUCUCUUCCUCGUCCUCCUCAUCAUUACCGGCUGCCGUCCUCGCCUCUGAAAUCCACUCCUCCUCCGACAACAACCACCACUAUCCUGCCCCCAUCUCCCCUCCCUGCCCUCCCUCCAGUAAACCCCAUGACUGGGAGGAAGACAGCACCAGCAGCGAGUCCAAGUCCAGCUGCUCGGGCGGGGCGGGUCCAGGGAGGUACCGGCCAGCAUGGAGGCCCCGCAGGGAGGCGCUCAACAUCGACAGCAUCUUCAAUCGCGAGAGGCGGAGGCAGGCGGGGUACAGCCCGCUCGGAGCCGCCCUGCUCGAGGACCGCGGGGCUCCCGGAGCGGGGGGAGAUAACUCCUCCUUCCCGGCCCAGGAGGAGGCGAGCGCCGUCGGGCCGGGCUCCUCCUGGACUCUUCCCACCACCUCCAGCAGCCGUACAGGAGGUGGCAAUGUGCCUGGAAGCGGAAGGGGAAGUGAACGCCGUGCAGACUUGCCUCCACCUCCUCCCCCUCCCCCCCGGCUGAUUCAGAGGAUGGAGAGCGGAUAUGAGAGCAGCGAGAGGAACAGCAGCAGUCCAGUCAGCCUGGAACUGAACGUGGGCGACAGGGACUGCGUGGUGAAGAAGCCUUCUCCCUCCUCCUCUUCCUCAGGACCGGCAUGGAGGAACAUCAGGUCAAAGAGCAGUGGAGCCUUGCUGCAGGACCUCAGGGGGGGCCUUGCAGCGACAUCCGUUGGCCGCAGCGAGCUGGACGACCUGCAGGAGGAGGUGCAGAAGAGAGCGAGGGAGGAGGAGCAGCAUCGCCGGCUGGAGAAGGAGAGGGAGGCGGCGAUCGGCUUCAACCCCCGACCCAGCAAAUACUUGGACCUCGAUCAGCUACAGAUCCAAGGUAAAGGUGAUAGCUUUGAGAGAUGUGUGUCGGAGGCGGAGCUUCUGCUGGACCAAUCGGUGCGCCUGGAGCAGGCGGGCGAGGUCUCUGCUGUGCUGUCGGCCGUCAACGAAGCCGUCUCCAAACUGCAGCUGGUGGCAGUCAAGGGCGGAGCUAGUAGUCAAAGCCGGCUGCAGCGCUGUAUGAGAAGAGCCCGCAGCCUGCAGCAACGCAUGCAGCUACUGCAGCAACAGCAGGACUCAGUGGCAGUCAGACAGCAACCACAGCAGCAGCAGAAGGAGGAGCAGGAGGAGGGGCAGCAGCAGCUGCAAGAACAGCCCAGUGAAAAGCCUCUCUCGCUCCAAAUACUUUUGACAGACAGACAAUCCGACCAGUCAGCUGACAGUCAGGACCAACAGGCCCCGCCUCUCUCUCCCUGCCUUGUUAAGCCCCUCCAUCCCCAAACCAACUCCGUGUCUGACUGCGGCUCCGGCGCCCAUACAGGUUCACCCAGAGACUACAGCAUGACUGGAGGCCCCUGCUUUGUCUUUGGGAAACCCCUCACCAACACUAGGUCCCUCCCUGCCCUGUGCGUGGACAACUUGGAGGAAAACCACUUGGGAGACUUGGCUCCACCCCCUCAAUCUAAGGAGGCGGAGCUUCCUCCCCAAAGAACCAUAACGGCCCCUAUUUGCAUCCCAGUAAAGGCCCCGCCCCCACCCAGGCCACCCUCUCAAACCUCUUCACCUGUUGGCACCGAUGACAGGGGUCAUCUGACGAUGUCGGAGGCGCCUCAUUCCACCAGAAACCCACAUUGCAAGCCCCCCCCAGCUUGCCCCGGGGUAGCCCCACUCCCAUCAUCCUACCCAGUCAGGAAUUGGUCCUGCUUAUACUUGGACCCUCACGAUGUCGUCGAUUCUCCCGUUGACCCCCCAAUCAGCUCGCCUCUUUACUCAACUCUCAACUCCAAUUCCAAUGUUCUCCCUCUGUCAGCCGUGAGCUGGCCCGCUCCGCCCUCCUCCCCGCCCCCCAGUCAGGACCACAUAGCGGCCCUGCCUGUGGAGCGCUGGGCGGAAAACGUCAAUAGAUACUACGGCUCCCAGAAUGCAACGGGAGGAGGGGGAGAGGAUGUGCCCUGUGAGGAGCUCUCGGAGCUGGACUCUCUGUACCAGGCCAGUCUGCUGGCUCCCAGCAUGCACCGGGGCAGCCGUGGAGUCAGUCCUCAACCGGCCAACAAUAAACCAGGUGUGAGGAGAAUGCUGUCGGGGUCUGGACGCUCCAAGACCCCAACGGCUGAGAUUGAGAGAUGCGCCUACAGAACACCUGUUACAACUCAUAAGUUGGCUCAAGGUGAAGACGAGAGCUACAGUGCAGCAAACCUGCGACGCAUUGCACGCAGCCUGAGUGGAAGUGCCAUGGGGUCACGACCCCAAAGUCCCAGCUCCUCCCACAGCUGUGAGCCCCCUAUGUCCAGGCCCCUCCUCAAACACUCUACCUCUUCCUCCUCCCUCCUCCGUCGCCCAAGCGCCUCCUCCCUGCCCGUCCCCUCGUCUUCCUCAACCUCCUUCACUGCAGACCACUCCUCCCACCUCCACCUUCUCCAACACCACCAACCCCGAAACCACGGCCCCCCAGCUCCUGCACAUCCUCCACAGCACCCUCCCUUGCAGACAUCACGGCCCCCCAACCUGGGCCCCUCAUCCUGGGGACACUCAGAAGCUGGACCGAGUCUCCAGCAGCCGUUUCUGGUUGUGUCUGACAGGCGUCCGUCUCUCUCUGGUCAAAGCCUCCACAAUGUCGCGUUGAGUUACGGCACUCUGCCCCGUGCUCCUCGCCGAGCGCCUCCUCCUCCCUCCUCCUCCUCCACCGCCACUCUCCCCAGGCCCAGAGCCGUCUCCGGUCCCGCCCCCCCGCUGCCAAGUCCACAUAGUCUCUACGCCACCCUUUCCCGCCCUCGGCGCUCUGCCAACGCUAACGGUCACUACCGGCAACCGUCGCUGCCCAUUAAUCUCAACGGCUCCGCCCAUUACGCCCCGGCCCACCCCAGGGGGGCGGGGGAGGCCCCCGCCCAGCCGCUCCGCCUCGACGUGCCCCCUGAGACCGACUGGCGUCGAGAAGCCGACUACAGAACUCUCAGCUCCUCUUGGGACCCCCGCGCCCUCAGCCGCCCCCACCAGCCCAUCCAGCACCACCAGCACCACCAGCCCCUCCAGCACCACCAGCCCCUCCAGCGGACCAACUCCCACCAGCCCCCCCGGCCCCGCAGGGACCCCCAGCUCUGCUCGCUGUGUCAGCAGCUCCCUGCUGAGCCGCCUCGUCCCUACUGCCGCUCCUGCGGAGCGUAUGUGGCUCGGUUCCGCCCGGUCAGCUGAUGCGGUCAGCUGACUCCUGCAGACGCCACAGUACACGAGUCCUGUUCCAAAUGUCUUGUAUCCAUCAAGAUAAAGACUUUUUUUUUUUUUUUUUUUUAGUAUUUAAAAUGUGCCAAUGUUUCUUUGAAUCCAGUGCUGACCAUAAUCCUGUCAUCAGCGCGGUGGAUGUCUCCCUUUUGGAAUAAAACUCCACUGCUCUUGGGUCUCAAAAGAACUUCUCUGAACCGUCUCUGGUUUCUUCUCUUUCCCACAGAGAAGCAGCCACUUCAUAACCUUUCAACCCUCGUGCUCCAUGUUUCAUUCCCUCUCUCCUGAGUCGGGACGGCCUCCAAAUGAAACUUGUAUACAUAUCUUCUAUACGAUCUGUGGACGUCUGCUGGAUUCAAGCACAUAGUAGAUGUUACUAAGACAAAGCACAGCGACGUGUACGUGGACCAGCAGAAGAAGGCUGCUGAUGAUCGAGGACAGAACAGAAAAGAGAAAGCAGUGCGAUCAUGGAGACACUGCUGCUAACCGAUGUUUGAAAAAUGUGAAGAAAACACAUAAAAUAAUCAAGUUAGUUAUUCAUCUACUCGGUGUUAGAUUGAUCAUAUGCAUUUUGAUUUAAUGGAAUAAAAAAAGGUUUUAUGAUUAUAAAUGUUUUAAUUCAAACUAUUUUGAUAACUUGGAAAACAACGUUAAUCAAUUAAUACACCUAAAUAAAUCUUCAUUCCAGGGUCUUAAGUGACAGUUUACUGCUUCUUUUAGUCUUAUAUGUUGAUAAUAAAAUGUGCAUCUUUUGUUUAGUCCAACAACCAGACUGAAACACUUUCAUUCAUUUAGUCAUUAACUGCUUUUAGUACGUAUUAAUUAAUCCUUUCUGGAUUACAAACUCAAGUGAUCAGCUGUGGAUCACACUUCUCUUUUAUAACUGAUCACAUUUCUUUGCAUUUAUCAGAAUUAUUAUAAUACAAAAAAUCACGCGGAAGGCUUCGGAACAAAUACUUCCCAACAUUCAUUGUGACAAAGUAUUACUUGUUGGUUACAGUUUAUUCAGGCCUGCAAAAUACUUUCAUUUUUGAUGGAAAUCAUGUUUGUUUAGUCUAUAAAAGUUGCAUCACUGUCACAGAGAACGAGGGGAUUUCUGUUUUACAAAAAAUAAGUGAUUAACAAAUCGCUGCCGCUUUAGUUUAAUGCUUGAUUUCAUUCAAUUGCAAAUAACCAACUAAUCCUUUCAGCUUUGGUGACUCCGUUGGCGGUGAUUCAGUUGAAGAUUGACGUGUCUGUUUUUGUGAUGUUCUGAUCUUCCAUGCAGCUGAACUGAGGUCCGGUUUCUAAAGUCGGGACAUUGAGGCACUAAAGGAAGUCGUGAAGUCGCUUCUUUUCUGCUGUUUGUGUCCCAGAAUAUAAAUCUUAUUACUCUAUUUAUUUUUGUAGGCUUGUGAGAGUUGUGCAUAGAUGAAACUAUUCUACCUGAAUAUAUUAUAGUCUAAUUUUCUAAAGGUAGUCAGUCGCCUUGUUUGGUAUGUGGAGCCUUAUAAUGUACACCAGGCUGAUUAUUAACUAAAGCUUUUAUUUUGACAGCUAAUAUUUAGCAUGAUGUUUUAUUGUAGCCUUGAGACUUUGGUGUGCAUUUAUUGUCACAACACUAUAUGCAGAUCUUUCUUAGCGCAGCAACUCAACUGCAUUUAAACUCUACUAACUAUUUAGUGCACUUCAGAAGUGUUGAUUUCUUUUGACGUGCUUGUUGCUGGUUUGUCGACUCUCUCCCGUUGUUUAGGGAGACGCUCUGCGUAACGUUUAUGGGCUUGUUUUUGUACUCUGAUGUCUUUGGAUUGGUUUAAGAGAUGAGUGAAGGAAAACCUUUAAACAAGAAUCCUGUUUUAAUAGCUUCUGCCGAGCUGAUGUGUCACACUGCCAAGUACCGGUCUCGCUCCAAAUGAGCCAAAACUGGAGUUUAACGUUCAUUUUAAAUCAUUUCACCUGCCAAGAUAUUGGUCAUCGGCAUUUAAAAAUUGCAUAAAUGGUCCUGAUUUAUUCGCUCCAAAAAUCUGUUGUUUGACUGACAGGAAGUCGAGUUUACAGAAUAGCUUUUUUAUUUGGUUGUACUUCGUGCAGACCAGUGCUGUGUUCAUAAUAGUAGUGGAGUUAUUUUUUCACCAUGUUAAACUUUAAUGGGCUGCUUUUGCUUUGUUAGAUUUUAUUUUUUUUGGUAUUUUUUUUUAAUGCUUAUUUUUCUACAUUGUAGACACAGAUGAUACGAUGAUUAAAAUGUUAAACGCAAAA